AUGUUAUUGGCGAGAAUGAAAGUAAUAAUUACAUUUUUAUUAUUAUUGGUAUUAUUGAUAUCAACUUGUAGCUCACAAACUUGUAACAAAUGUUUAACUGAAGGACAGGAUUGUACUAAACCAAAUACUCUUUGUCAAUUGGGAUUAUAUUGUGGAUUGAAUCCAAAGAAUAAACCAAAACCAUCAUCUCCAUCAUCUCCAUCAUCGGAAAGUAGUGAUGGAUCGUCAACUGAACCUAUUCCAUUGAAUGUGUGUAAAAAACAGUCUGGAUUGGGUGAAGUCUGUGACGCUGAUAAUGGGUGUAUAGAUGGAGCUGAUUGUUAUCCUUCUGCCAGAAAUGAAUCACAAAAGACUUGUCAAACAUUGAAAUACUUGCAAUACGGUGAAAAGUGCAAAAGAGAUAAUCAAUGUCUAGAUGGGUUGGAAUGUGAGCCAAUCAAAGAUGUUUGCAUGCCACUACUCCUUGGAUCAGAGGUAGAAGCAGGAAUUGAAUGCACCAAACAAGAACAUUGUCCAUGGGAUCAAUUCUGUAACAAACAAAAAUGUUAUAAUAGAGUUGGGUUGGGUGAAAAGUGUUCAAGGUAUUUCGACGACAUUGAUGCACCUCUAACUAAUCCACAAUGUAUACUUGGUUUAUUGUGUGAUCCAUCCGAUGCCAACAACAUCACCAAUAGUUUGGUGUGUGUCAAGAUGGGAAGUAAGGGUCUUGGUCAAGCAUGUAACUACACUUCACCCGCCGGAUCAUGCAACUCUCGUCAAGGGUACUAUUGUAACAUGGCGACUCAUGUUUGCGAGGUGAUAGCACCUGCUACAAAUAGUUCGGUUAUCUGCUCCCCGGGUACAGAGACAUCAGGAUGCAAUGACCGAUUUGAAAAGUGUGAGUGUACUGCCACGGGUUCUUCAACUGGAGUAUGCAAAGAUUCAUUGUAUUACUACAAUCAACCCAAGAUGACGAAAUGUAUGGAAUCUUAUAUAGAUAUUAUCGAUUGUUCUAUUCGAACAAAGACCUAUCUUUCAAAUAGACAACAUGUCCCAGGUAGCAAGUUGUCUCGUGAGUGUCCUACACUCUACUGCAAAUACCAGGAUGCUUGUUUCCGUUUCGAAGAUCCAUCUAGAUGUAAUCCAAAAGAUACUCCAUUCAAUGGAUUAAAUUAUGGUAUGUGUGGUAUACGAGGUGCUGGAUCGAUUACUUCAAGUACUGGAUCAUUAUCACAUUAUCCACAAAUUUAUAUUAUCUUUAUAUUCACGAUAGCUACAACAUUAUUAUUAUCAUUAUUUAUUUAA